ACACAAUUUCAGAUUUCCUAUGUAUGGUCCAUCAUGUUGCAUCUCUUAAAUGUCACCAUAGCCUGAGAGUCUCCUCUACAAAGAUCAACUCUACCAUCAAACAUCAGUCCACGCACAAACGCCUCCCCUUCAAUCUUUAGCCAAGAUGCCUUCCGAAUGGCAGAUCCACAACGCUACUCGCACGAGCUGGACCUCCUUGGACGCCUUGAGUAAUCUCCGUCUCAACACCAACGUCCCCAAACCCACCGUCAUUCCCCCCAAGACAGCGCUCGUCCGCAUGAAAGCUGCGGCACUCAACGCUCGCGAUUUCAUGGUCCUCGCACACGACCCCAUUUACCCAGGAAACCAUGUCAACGACCUCGUCCCCUGUGCUGAUGGUGCUGGGGAAGUCGAAGCCAUCGGAGAGGGCAGCCAGUGGAAAGUCGGAGACAAGGUCCUCGUUCACCCGAACGCCUGGAUUGAUGAAGGGUUACCAGGACCGAUUCCUUUCGAAUGCCCUCAAAAGGGGGCAGAUAACGAGCAAGGUACUCUGCGCGAGUAUGCUGUUUGGGAAGACAGCCAUCUGAUCUCCGCGCCUUCGCAUUUGACGUUCGCAGAAAUGGCUGCGAUGCCGGCCUGUGGCGCUACGUCCGUGAAUGCGCUCUUCCAUGGGCCUGAGCCUUUGAAGGCGGGCAUGACGGUGCUCACGCAAGGCACUGGGGGUGUCAGCUGCUUCGCUAUCCAGCUGGCCUCCGCAAUCGGAGCCAGGGUGAUUGCAACAUCUUCGUCAGACGCCAAACUUGAGCUCGCGAAAAUGAUGGGCGCUACGCAUCUCAUCAACUACCGAACCCAUGCAAAUUGGGAACAAGAAGUGUUACGCCUCACCAACGGGAAGGGCGUCGACCUCGUCGUUGACGUAGCAGGCUCCGGGACCAUCGAGCAGUCUCUUGCGGCAGUUAAAUUCGGCGGGCAGGUCUCCUUAGUCGGCUUUAUGUCCGAAAGUAAGAAGACUGACCUUGUCCUGGCGAUUAUUCUUGGUGGAAAGACUGUCCGAGGAGUGGCAAAUGCUGGGAGCAAGGCGAUGGCGGAACAGGCAGCUCAGUUGGCUGAGAAAUAUAAGAUCCAUCCGGUUGUUGCGACAAUCUUUGAGUGGGAGGAUGCGAAGGAGGCAUUCGCGAUGCUUAACGCUCAGUCUGCUGUCGGGAAGAUUGUGAUCAAGAUCUAAUUCAUCGGAGUCUGUUGAUUCGAUCCAUACAGCAACCACAGAAACAAUGACAUUAUAAGACGUU